GCAGUCUCUGGUCAUCUGUACUGUGUCCCUGUCUCUGGUCAUCUCUUGUACUGUGUCUGCAGUCUCUGGUCAUCCCCUGUACUAUGUCCAGUCUCUGGUCAUCUCCUGUACUGUGUCCGCAGUCUCUGGUCAUCUCUUGUACUGUGUCCGCAGUCUCUGGUCAUCUCCUGUACUGUGUCCGCAGUCUCUGGUCAUCUCCUGUACUGUGUCCGCAGUCUCUGGUCAUCUCCUGUACUGUGUCCGCAGUCUCUGGUCAUCUGCUGUACUGUGUCCGCAGUCUCUGGUCAUCCCCUGUACUGUGUCUGCAGUCUCUG